UAUAUGUUAAGUGAACUAUAGAUUUUCAGGCGAUCUAUGCGCUCAAUACAUGAAAUAGAACGUGUCAGCAGAGCUGCCAGAUUUUACCCUUUAUCAUUUCUUUUUGUAAAUCUUAAAAAUGAACAUGAUUACUGAAUCUGAAAAAAAACGUUUGCAAUCGUUGAAGGAAAGGAAACAGGCGUUUAAGGUGAAAGGCCAGUUUAUUCAGCAAGCAUUAAGAAAUGUAGAUAAUACUACAAAAUGUAAAAAAAUUAUAUUUGAUAAUGAUAUUGAUGAAUGGGAAAGUCCCAAACUAAAAAAAAAGAAAAGAGAUUUAUUUGAUAAUGAUAGUGAUAAUGAGAGAGAUAAUGAAGAAGAAUCUCUAUGGAAAAAAGAUAAAUUUAAUAUCAAGGAAAAUAAACAUAAACAAAUUAUUCUUGGCAAUGAUGCACGAUUUACUUUAGAUGAUCGUUUUGCGAAAGAUGAUCAUGAGACUGAAAAAACUGAACUUGUUGAAGAUAUCAAUGAAUGUGAUUUGCAGAAGGAGAAGGAACGACAAUUAGAUAUUUUAGAGAAUAUUUUAGGAGAACCUCUUACAGUAAAAGAUCAAGAACUAAAAACAACUAAAAAGAAAUUGAUGAUACGAUAUGAUCCAACUGAAAAUGGACAUUGUGAGUAUGAAAUGAAAUCAAUGCAGUCAAAAAUUAAAGAAAAAACUAAUAAGAAGAAACGUGACCAAUUUGUAUCAGAACUAGAACCUACACCUUUAGAACCAGAAGUAUCAAAAGAUAUAUAUUAUGCUGUAUCAGACACUUUGACAGAAAGUUUGAAACAGAAAGGAGAAUUCAGUUUAUUAAAAGCAUACAGGAAAGAAGAAAAUGAUGCAGGAAAUGCUGGGGAUUAUAGUGCAUCUAUUGUGGAAAAUAACAAAGUUAAAUCAUUUAAACUUAAUUUUAAUGCAACUAAUGCAUUUAAAUAUGAUUCAUCUGAUGAUGAUGUACAUGCAGCACUAGGUACAGAUAAGCAGAUGAUUGACAAUAUUGAAGAAAAUACUCGUACAAAUAUCUUGUUAGAGUAUAAAGAUACUCUAUUUUUUGAUAAUGAAGAUAUACGAUUUAAUGAGGCUGUAAAAUUCUUCAAAACAGAAGCUAUCUCAAAUAAUGAAUUUAAGAAUUUGAGACGCGAGUUGAAAAUGAUUGUACGUACAAAAAUUCGUACAAAUGAAAGGAAACAUCAGCCUUGGAAUAAAAAAAGAAAAAUUAAAAGAUUUCAUAAAUAAAAAUUUUUCAUUCUUUGUUGGUAUUGACAUUAAAGCAUGUAGAAAUAAACUCUAGAUCGAUAAUUAUAAA